AGAAAAUAUCACGUUAAGUCAUGGUUAGGUCAAUUUGGCCGAAGGCCUCUCUUCAACGCGGAAGCUCUCCUGUCCUGCUACCACCUCAUCUCUACUCGGUGCACACUGUGUACACACAUGCUGCUGCAGAGCAGCACUUUAUGCUUCUUCAUACAUGGCGGGUAUAAACCAGAUACAUUAUCGCCACCCACAAGAGCUAUGUAAUAAUAAUAAUUUUCACUGUGUAAAUGCCGACAGCAGCACUGUUUCUGUUUAACAUUUUAGCUAACGUUAGCUAGCCUAGGCAGCAGCUUUCCUUGACUGUAACGGCUGUAAUGCAACCUUAACAUUCCCGAGAAAAAUACAUGCAUUGUCGACAGUUCAUAAUCAUUUUUGGUUAAAGUGUUUUUGCGAAAAAGUUAUAUUACCUUUUCUCCUUAUUGUGAUAAAUACUUUCCCUCUUCUCCCGGAAUUCAAAUGGCUGACCGUUGGCUCUGGGUGCAGGUGCAGACGUGACCACAUGACUACAGUGAGGGGAGGUGUGUGUAUGCACGAAACAUAUCAGUCUAAGUCUAAAAAGUUAUAAUUAAAAUAGAUAACACGUGGAUAUUACGACUUUACAUUGAAUAUUAAUCGUUAAACUUGUUUUAUAAUUUUUGUUUGCAUUACUAUGUAAGUUAAAUUGAGUCUUUUAGAAUGAAUCCCCCCUACUUCCUGAUUUGGUAUAGACCAAACCAAUGCGCCUUGCUCCGCCGGACUCCGCCAAAAACAAUAGCUGGGAGUGUAAUUACUGGUGGUGUGGGGUGGACUUGACUGGUUUGUGGACUGCUGGACUGCUUGUUUGAUUUAUAAAUCGUUUAUGUCGCUAAGCUAGGAAGACUUGAAUUUGUCAUUUGAGGAGUUUUAAAUAAGGCUAACGCUAAACUAGUUGAAGUUACUGUCAGCUUCUGCCUGCAAGAAUUUUUGGAGCGCAAAAUGGCCUGUUGGAGGUGUGUGAUUUGCUUCGUUUUUGUUGCCUUAACGCUGAAGUCCCUCUUAAGCCAUAUUAACACUGCACAUGGUCGCAAUCCCGAUUUCCGUGUAAUAUGCGGCAUUGAUGGGUGCCCUGAAGAAUACAGAGUCUUCAACUCUUUUUACUACCAUAUCAGACGCAGGCAUGCUUUGUAUCUUGUAUCCGGCCGCCCACCCACUGGAUGGAGGACAACAGCUUCAUCUGAGCCAUCUAGGAUUGGAAGCGAAAAUUUUGGUAUACCAAUUUUUUAUGACUGUACCACGGAAACAAGAGGGCUGCAAAGAACCGCCAGUGAAGUCAACACACAGAUCACUAAUGACAUGCAGCAGGAGCUGGAGGAUUUCCAGUCACAAAGCCCUGAUCAUCAGCCGCAAGACUUCCCGAUUCAGUGCCUUGAUCAUCAGGAAGGACCUGGUGCAUUGAGUGAGGAUGUUACCAGACGUGCAGCUGCAUUUGUCAUCAAUGUCCGGGAACAAUGCCACCUGUCCCAGAGGAGCAUCAACAGUAUUGUCUCUGGAGUGCAGCAGUAUCAAAGUGCUCUUCUGAAUACCUUGAGGGACACCAUGAAGAGGAUCUUCGAAAGACAUUCAGACAGUAUGGAGAAACUCCAAGAGGAGGCACUGGCAACCUUGGACAAUUUACAAGAUCCUUUCUCCACAAUGGCCACUAGAUACAAACAGGACAUUAACCUUGAGAGACUCUUUAGCCCAGUAAAACCAGAGGAGGUAGUGAUAUCUCAAAGGGUUUGUAGAGUUAAGAAAGGACAAUCAAGGGUUCUUGCAAUCAAAAACAAAAGUUUUUACUACAUACCAUUAAUUAAGAGUCUUCAACAGCUGUUGUCCAAUUCCAGAAUUUUUGACAUGAUCAACACCACACCACAGAGCUGCCACAAAGAAGGGUUUUUGUAUGACAUUAUUGAUGGGAGCUUUUUCAAAUCCCACCCACUGUUUUCAAAUAAACCCUCUGCUUUGCAGGUGAUAUUGUAUUCUGAUGAAAUAGAGAUAUGUAAUCCCCUGGGACCACACGCUACAGCAAAUAAAUUGCUGAUGGUUUAUUAUACUUUAGGAAACAUAGACCCAAAGUUUAGGUCAAAGCUUGCUGCAAUCAGACUCCUUGCUAUAGCAAAAGCUAAUGAUAUUGAUGAGUGUGGUGUUGAGGUUGUCUUAGAAAGAAUUCAUAAAGACUUAGAGUUGCUGUAUAAUGGUGUCAAAAUCCAAACAAAGAAUGGGCAGAUGGAUUUAUUUGGUGCUGUAGUUUCAGUAUGUGGUGACACACUUGCCCAACAUGAACUUGCUGGGUUCAAGGAAGGGGUUGGCUUCGCUUACAGCAAGUGCAGGCAUUGUGAAUGCACCUUUGAUGAAAUGCAGGAGAAUUUUGACGAAAAAAGUUUUACUGAAAGGACAUUGAACAGACAUAUUAGACAGUGCCUUGAAAUAGAGAGGGCUAGCACAGACUUCUUGAAAUCAGCCCUCAGAACCACCUAUGGGAUAAACCGAAGAAGCAAACUGGUUGAUUUUCCAGCCUUUGACCUCAUUCAGCAAACUCCGCAGGAUAUCAUGCACAUCAUUCUUGAGGGUGUUGCACCUAUGGAAAUUAAGUGUGUGUUAAAACACCUUGUUCUUUCUGGACAAUUGGAGUUGGACAUGUUCAACUCGGCCUUGCAGAGUUUUCCUUUGUCAGCAAUCGAUGUACGUGACAAACCCUGUCCUAUCAGUGUCACUACCUUGGCCUCUAAUGAUAAAAAACUUAAACAGUCCUCUGGGCAAAUGUUGGUAUUGUUGAAGAUCAUGCCAUUUCUGUUGAACAGUAUCGAGAAAAAUGAAUAUGUUCAGUGUGUAUUAGACUUAAUUGAAAUAGUUCAGAUACUUUUUGCUCCUGUUCUAUCUGUGGAAAGUGUAAUAAGACUGAAAAAAAUGAUUGAGCAGCAUCUAAAACAAUUUAAGCAACUUUUUCCUGCAAAUAACAUAAUUCCUAAGCAACAUUAUCUUCUGCAUCUCCCUGCUCAAAUCCUCUCUCUGGGCCCUUUGAUAAGGCAUAUGUGCAUGAGAUUUGAGUCAAAGCACUGUUUUUUUAAACAAUGGUCAUCUAAAUUGAACUUCAAAAAUGUAUGUAAGUCACUUGUGAACCAUAACCAGCUUUUUGAAUGUUGUCAAAAUGAAAUGGGCACUGAGCAUCCCAUUUUUGUACAUGAGAAGGAAUUGGGUCCUGUCUCAGAAGUGACAAAUAUGGAGUACAUCACAGCAAAGAUAAGAGACUUUUUGGGGAUUGAUGGCAUACAACACGCAGUUAAACGUAGGUCGACCCUUAGAAAGGACCUAGCCAACUUCAGCUACUUUCUAGAGAUUGUGGGGUUUCCCUAA